GUAAACAUCAAGUACACGUUGCUGGUUAUCCUCAUGUGUGGAGGGAACUGGUUGAGCACUGAUGUGAAUUGAUGAGUUCUCUCCACAGUGACUUGGUGUUUGCCUCCGUUCUGGGCGUCAUCGCAUGUUGCCGUUUAUUCCCGCCCAGGUUUCUCUUGGCCUCCCCGAAUGCUGGUUACCGGUAGCAACAGGACGCUGUAAACGGAUACAAUGCAACCGCAAGUGGACGCGGGCGGGGAGCGGCGAGCAGCUUGUGGCAUCAGUUGGAAAAUGUAGACUGGGGGGAUACAAUCAUGUUGGAAGCUGGUGUGUUUCCCACAGCUUUAUCUGAAGAACAACUGGCGGCAGCCACAGAGAAGUCACGACAAAAUCUCUUUGGAUCCAGCAAGAUCUUCCAUCUGGAUGCCAUACAGAAGAAAAAUUAUGUCAUGUCAGACAUCAUAAAUAAUCGGGCUAAAGAACACUAUAAGCGAGGAAAGAUUCUCCUUAACAUGGGACAAAUAGAGGAAGCAAUAAUUUCAUUUAAUAAAGCCCUUACUUUGGAUCCUCAGAGGAAGAAGUUUUAUUUGAGAAGAGCUGAGGCAUAUCUCUUGAUCGGGGAUUUCCAGUCUUCUGUCCUGAACUACAGAAUGGCCAGCAACUUGGAUCCUUCAGAUGAAGAACUCGUGUCACAGAUAAGCCACACCUUGUACAUACAAGGUCAAUACCUGUUUGAAGUCAAAAUGUAUGGCGAGGCCUUGGAAAUUUUUGCACUGGCUUCAGAACUGAGACCUGCAAAUCAACACUACCACAUGCGAAGGUGA